UGUAGCAAGCGGCACAGGUCAUUGUUCGAUGAAUCUCGAAUCGAGUGAUCUCGGAACUGAGCAAUUGGUUCUAAUUGCUUGUCGUGCAUCGUCGGCGGCGCACGUUCAAACGUAUUUACAACAUGGAAUUCUGCCAAGUCGGACGUUUGUCGCUUUGCCAUUGAGUACAAUACCGUAGUAUGUACCUAUGUGAGACUGAUUUUCAAUGACUGCAAGUGUUGGACUGUGUAACUGUGGUUGCGCCGUUCAUUGGAAGUGUUUGUUAUUAAAUUGGACUUGCAUCGAAUUGUGUCACAGGUACAAAACGACUGAAAUCCAAAACAGGAGAGUGAUAUAAGAAAGACUGAGAAGGAUGACAUAAUCGGACGCGAUGUCUAAGGUGCUGAGUGCGCUGGGCGGGGCUUUGCCCGACGAGCGGCCCCUGCUCUCCCUGCAGAUCGUCGAGAGCGUGGCGAAGUGCCCGGCGGGGUACUGGCCAGUCAGCAGGACGUAUGAUGAGGACUCGGAUGCUGGUUUACUACGACAAAAUGGACUCUUCGGCAAGAAGCCCAGCCAUUAUAUUUGCUUGUCCAAGUCUGAAGGAGUCCCAGGAUACGUGAUGGACGGUGUCGUGGUAGUGGGGGAGAGAGAGGCCGCGCCGGCGGGGUUCAGUGUGGCUGGGCGACUGGGCAAGCGACGACUGUGUACGCGCGUGUCCCGCCGCGCUGCGCCUGUGGGGGCCACGCCGCCUGUUACUGACGUCAUCGUGUGCUCGAAGAUGAGGACUGCGCCGCAAGGGUUCAUAUUGGCUGGCGAGAUCAACGGCAAGAUGGUGUGCUACAAGGUGAGCGGCGGCAGCACGGAGACGUCGCCGACGCACCGGCCCAACGAGUACGAGAACGUCGUCACCAACAUCACGCCUGAUGCUAAUAGGAGUUCAAUGGCAGUUCUGUACAAAGAGUUCAAAUUGCGGUGGAAUGGGUCUAGAUUACGACCCGUCCCGGAGCGACCGCCGAAACUCUCCCCACUGGUCAACGAACUCAACAAUUUAAACUUGAAGCAGUCUCCUACAACAUAUCCUAAAAUCGAGGAAUUCCAAACUGACCAGGACUACGAGGUCUUAAGUCCUUCAUAUAAUAUUAAGCCCACUCGACCGGCGCCCAGGCCUCCGUCAGCGGUGUCUCCGAUCCCUCACGGGAGUCCUAACCCAAGUUUGCAAGGUCCGACGUCGCCUGCAGCGCAUGGUAGGAAGAAGGGUCCCGCGCCGUUGCCAAGGAACACGAUAUACUCAACUCUUGGCGGCUACAAUGGAUUGGAAGGCGUCCCUUUCGUGCUGAACCCCAAACUGCGAGGGCUACCUAGCGACGCCCUGACACAGUUCCCAGUGAUAAAGCAGCGCACGCGCUUCGAUUUGGAUCGCGACUACUCGUACAACUUCACAGCUGAGCGACAGACGUGAGACUCGCCAACACUCUUACGUCCAACGCGGUAAGGUCGCGGAUCCUACGUAUGUUGUACGAAUUUAAAGUUUAUGACGAGGAAUGAAAUGAAUGUUAUCUAAUGUCGGUUGUACACCCUCUGCGAGACGCCCGCGCGGCGAGUGCGAGAAUGUAAAUGGUAGUUCUCGCUUCACCUCGGCAUGCCUCGUGGUGUCUCGUCCGCUCUCGGCGAGACUUGACGAGAGCGCUCGCUCGAGAGUGUACGCCGCCAUAAUUGUGUUGUAAAUAAUGAAAUGUGACAUAUGGAGUAGUUUAACACGAUUAAUACAAAAUGUUGCCAUUUAUAGAUAAACAAUAGAUGUUAAUACCUUAUAACGUUAUCAAGUUACAAACAGCUAU